GUCUGGCCCAGGAGGCUCGGGCGCGCGCAGCCAUCCCGGGCCUCGCCGGGGACCGAGGGAGGCAGGCAGCGCCUGCGCCCGCUCACCAUGGUCGAGGGACGCGUCUCCAAGUUCCUGAAGAAACUCGGCUUCUCGGCUGGCGGCCGCCAGUACCAGGCGCUGGAAAAGGACGAGGAGGAAGCCUUGAUUGAUGAACAGAGUGAGCUGAAAGCUAUCGAGAAAGAGAAGAAGGUGACAGCCCUGCCCCCCAAGGAAGCCUGCAAAUGCCAGAAAGAGGAUUUGGCCAAAGCGUUUUGUGUGGACUUAAACACUGGGCUGUCGGAGUUCUCGGUGACGCAGCGCCGGCUGGCCCAUGGCUGGAAUGAGUUUGUUGCUGACAACAGUGAACCUGUGUGGAAGAAAUACCUGGAUCAGUUUAAGAACCCCCUGAUCCUGCUGCUACUGGGCUCUGCCCUGGUGAGUGUCCUCACCAAGGAGUAUGAGGAUGCCGUCAGCAUCGCUAUGUGCAUAAAAACGAAUGUCAGCAUGGAUGCUCUUGCUUUUUACCACGUCAAAUGCAGCCUAAGAGAAGGAAAACUCCAGCACCUGCUUGCUCGAGAACUGGUUCCUGGAGAUGUCGUGUCUCUCUCGAUCGGAGACCGGAUCCCUGCAGACAUCCGACUCACUGAGGUCACGGACCUCUUGGUGGAUGAAUCCAGUUUCACUGGGGAAGCCGAGCCAUGCAGUAAAACAGAUAGCCCCUUGACAGGCGGCGGGGACCUCACCACCCUCAGCAACAUCGUCUUCAUGGGGACCCUGGUGCAGUAUGGGAGGGGCCAGGGGGUCGUGAUUGGAACAGGGGAAAGCUCUCAGUUCGGAGAAGUGUUUAAGAUGAUGCAGGCUGAAGAGACACCUAAAACUCCUUUGCAGAAAAGCAUGGACAGGCUAGGAAAGCAACUGACACUCUUCUCCUUUGGCAUAAUCGGUCUCAUCAUGCUCAUCGGCUGGUUGCAAGGGAAACAGCUGCUGAAUAUGUUCACGAUUGGGGUCAGCCUGGCUGUGGCGGCCAUUCCCGAGGGUCUGCCCAUCGUCGUCAUGGUAACGCUGGUCCUGGGAGUGCUGCGGAUGGCCAAGAAGCGGGUCAUCGUGAAAAAGUUACCCAUCGUGGAGACUUUAGGUUGCUGCAGUGUUCUCUGUUCUGAUAAGACGGGUACUCUGACUGCCAACGAAAUGACAGUGACCCAGCUUGUAACGUCAGAUGGGUUUCAUGCCGAGGUCAGCGGAGUUGGGUAUGACGGUCAAGGGACUGUGUGUCUUCUACCAUCCAAGGAAGUCAUUAAGGAAUUUUCCAAUGUCUCAGUAGGAAAGUUAGUGGAGGCGGGCUGUGUCGCCAACAACGCGGUCAUCAGAAAGAACGUUGUGAUGGGACAGCCCACCGAGGGUGCCCUGAUGGCCCUGGCAAUGAAGGAUCAGGAAGACAUUUACUUCAUGAAGGGGGCCUUGGAAGAGGUGAUCCGCUACUGCACCAUGUACAACAACGGAGGCAUCCCCCUGCCGCUGACACCCCAGCAGAGGUCAUUCUGCCUGCAGGAAGAGAAGAGGAUGGGGUCCCUCGGUCUGCGGGUUCUGGCUCUGGCUUCUGGGCCCGAGCUGGGGCGGCUGACAUUUCUGGGUCUCGUUGGCAUCAUUGACCCCCCGAGAGCUGGCGUGAAGGAAGCAGUUCAGGUUCUCUCCGAGUCUGGCGUGUCCGUGAAGAUGAUAACGGGAGAUGCUCUGGAGACGGCCUUGGCCAUAGGAAGAAACAUCGGCCUGUGCAACGGGAAGCUGAAAGCCAUGUCUGGGGAGGAGGUGGACAGCGUGGAGAAGGGCGAGCUGGCCGACCGCGUGGGGAAGGUGUCCGUGUUCUUCAGGACCAGCCCAAAGCACAAGCUCAAAAUCAUCAAGGCUCUGCAGGAGUCAGGGGCAGUCGUGGCCAUGACUGGGGAUGGGGUGAACGACGCGGUGGCCCUGAAGUCUGCAGACAUCGGGAUCGCCAUGGGGCAGACAGGGACGGAUGUCAGUAAAGAGGCCGCCAACAUGAUCCUGGUGGACGAUGACUUCUCAGCCAUCAUGAAUGCGGUGGAGGAAGGCAAGGGGAUUUUUUACAACAUCAAAAACUUUGUCCGAUUCCAGCUGAGCACGAGCAUCUCUGCCCUCAGUCUCAUCACUCUGUCCACCGUGUUCAACCUGCCCAGCCCCCUCAACGCCAUGCAGAUCCUGUGGAUCAACAUCAUCAUGGAUGGGCCGCCGGCGCAGAGCUUGGGGGUAGAGCCCGUUGACAAAGACACCCUCAGGCAGCCACCACGGAGUGUGGGGGACACCAUCCUCAGCAGAGCCCUCAUCCUGAAGAUCUUCAUGUCCGCAGUUGUCAUCAUCAGCGGGACCCUCUUUAUCUUCUGGAAGGAGAUGCCUGAAGACAGAGCGAGCACUCCCCGCACCACGACGAUGACCUUCACUUCUUUUGUGUUUUUUGAUCUCUUCAACGCCUUGACCUGCCGCUCUCAGACCAAGCUGAUAGUUGAGAUCGGCUUUCUCAGGAACCGCAUGUUCCUCUACUCCAUCCUCGGGUCCAUCUUGGGGCAGCUGGCGGUCAUUUACAUCCCCCCGCUGCAGAGGGUCUUCCAGACGGAGAAUCUGGGAGUGCUCGAUUUGCUGUUUUUAACUGGACUGGCCUCAUCUGUCUUCAUGUUGUCAGAGCUCCUCAAACUAUACGAAAAACACUGUUGCGGCACCCAGAGAGUCCAGACGCAACAUGAAGAUGUGUAGUGGCCCUCACUCUGCGGCCCCUUCCCUAAUCAUCUCCAUCUGGAUGUGCCUGUGGCCCCUGUGGUGUCUCCUCUUCAGGGGAGACUUUUAGGACGGACGCUGCAGCCUUCUGUCAGUGACUCAGUUUUUCCUCCUGGGAACGCUGCAGGCAUCUCGUGGGCUCCGGGGACCCAGGUCCACAUCCAUCCAGCACGCCCACUGGCUCUGGGACAGACAGGGAGGGGCCCGUCCAGAAACAUCACACUAUUUAUUAAAUCACAAUGAUUUUUAUUAACCACGUCUAUAUAUGUAUCUGUGCCACAGCUUGCAGUGACGCAGGCCACUCGUGCCAGAUACAUGGGGCUUCUGAGAGGUAGUGGGUAGGAUGGUCACACUCCGCCCAUUGUCUCCCCGGAGGCCCCACUUCCUCAUCAUAAAAUGAGGGCUUUUUAAAUAAAGUGCUAUACCAGGGGCUAUUAUUCUUUUGAUGCGUUUACCUAGGGUUUUUCACACAAGGGGCCAGGUUGGAAACCCACAGCUGUGUGUUAAUGGCCACAUGGGGUGAGCAGCAAUCCAUCAUGAAUGGCCUAUGGGAAGGCUUUUGGCGAUAAAGAGCAGGGCUGCGCACGGUGGCUCACACCUGUAAUCCCAGCACUUUGCAAGGCCAAGGCAGGCGGAUCCCUUGAGGCCAGCCUGGCCAACACGGCAAAACCCUGUCUCUACUAAAA